GAUCCCUCCAAAUUCCGGUGAUCCGCCCCGGUUCCAAAUCUCCGAACCAUCCCAGGUCCAGCUGCAGACCAAGCCAAGCUCCAACCAGGAAGGGCCUCUGAGUGAUUUGGGACGCCAUCACCACCACCAUCUACAAGACUGGCCUGGGGUAGAAUAUGGCCUUGACCUGGGGCGGCUGGCUCUUCCUUGGUGUCUGGAUCCUGAGGACUGGGGCCGAGAUCUCCAUCACCCCGGAGCCUGCCAGGCCAGCAGAAGGGAACAACGCCACACUGGUCGUCCGUGGGCUUUCAGGGGACCUGCUUGCUUACAACUGGUAUGCAGGGCCCACACUCAGCCUGACCUUCCUGGUGGUAAGCUACAUUGUCAGCACAGGCGAUGAGACCCCAGGCCCGGCCCACACAGGGCGGGAAGCUGUGCGCCCUGAUGGCAGUCUGGACAUCCAUGGCGUUUUGCCCAGGCACUCGGGCACCUACAUCCUGCAGACUCUCAACAGGCAGUUUCAGACCGAGGUGGGCUACGGACACAUGCAGGUCUAUGAGAUCCUGGCUCCACCCACGGUCAUGGCCAACGGCACAGCACUGGUGGAGCGUCGGGACACCCUGCGUCUCCUGUGCAGCAGCCCGAGCCCCGCAGAGGUCCGCUGGUUCUUCAACGGUGAUGUCCUGCCAAUUGCUGUCCGCCUGGGUCUGUCCCCUGAUGGCCGGACGCUGACCCGGCAUGGGGUCCGAAGGGAGGAGGCAGGUGCCUACCAGUGUGAGGUGUGGAACCCAGUCAGCGUCAGCAGAAGCGAGCCCCUGAACUUGACCGUAUACUUUGGCCCUGAACGAGUAGCCAUCCUCCAAGACUCCACCACACGUACGGGAUGCACCAUCAAAGUUGACUUCAACAGCUCCCUCACCCUGCGGUGUGUAUCUCGGUCCUGUCCGGAGCCAGAGUACAUCUGGGCCUUCAACGGGAGGGCCUUGAAGAAUGGCCAGGACCACCUUAAUAUCAGCAGUAUGGCCCCAGCCCAUGAGGGCACAUACACCUGUAUUGCUAAGAAUACCAAGACCCUGUUGUCCGGCUCUGCCUCUGUGGUGGUCAAGCUGACUGCGGCAGCUGUCACUACGAUGAUUGUACCUGUACCAACCAAGCCAACGGAGGGCCAGGAUGUGACCCUGACCGUCCAAGGCUACCCCAAGGACCUGCUGGUCUAUGCCUGGUACCGAGGGCCAGUCUCAGAGCCCAAUCGGUUGAUCAGUCAGCUGCCAUCAGGAAACUGGAUCGCAGGCCCUGCAAACACAGGCCGGGAGGUGGGCUUUGCCAACUGCUCACUGCUGGUGCAGAAGCUCAACCUCACAGACGCCGGGCGCUACACACUCAAGACCAUCACACUGCAGGGCAAGACAGACAUGCUGGAAGUGGAGCUGCAGGUGACCUGUGAGUGA